AUGAUGGAGCGUAGCGGAGCCACCCGAGCGCCAUUUUUGUAUGUCGACUACUCUGUGUUUUAUGGCGGGAUCAGAACGUCAGACAAUGUAACAUUCCAGGGACUGAACACGUCACUUCCGGUCAAUAACGUGCUGCGGGUACAGAACCACCAGUACUCUACAGAUAUACCCCCGAGGAGGGUGAGUGAACCAGGUUGUUAUGAUGAGUUGGAGUGCAUAGCCAGGAAUGACGUAAGCCAGCUCCCUCGGACGCCAGUCAGCAAGGACAGUGUGUACAUUUUAUCAUCGUUCAGGGCAACAGAACAGACUCAAAAUCUUGAGAAAAUAUGGAAAGUAUGGAGCGGAGCGAAUUACAUUCUAUGGAAGUGUCCAAAACAAUUAAACAUCCGUCGGAUUACGUUCCUUCGGACGACCACAUGUACGGACCCCUUCUCAUACCUAGUGUUGUGUGAGUGUGAGGAAGGGCUGAACUUCCUGAACCAAGCUAAAGAGUUCUCGGACAGGCUACGGCAGCGCUGGUGUGGACUCGUCGGCCUGUACAAAGUCGAGCGCUAUUACAUUCCUCCCAAUCGUAAGACGAUCUGAACAAACGUCAACCUUGGUAUCUAAUUGGCCUAUAUAACAAAUUCCCCAGUUUCAAUAUGCAUUUCUAUGCUAACUUAGGGCACAUCUUCAUAGCAUCAGGGUCUACACAUACAAUACGUUUUAAACUUGAUUCGUAUCACAUUCUAAUUCCUAAUGUGUACAUUUACAGGUAUUUGCAUCACGAUGAAAGCAAUUUGAUAAAGAACGUAUAUCCGAAGAAAAGAUUACCAGCCUUGGUGUUGUGAAGAUAUUUUCAACUCAACAAAAACAAGUUUGAACUUUCUGCAUAUAUGAUUAUAUUGUAAUUCUCUUUGUGAGAUAAUCAGGUCAGAUAAAUAUGCAGAUUUUUUAUUUUGCUGUGAUUAAAAUGUUUUUCGAAGAGUACAGAGAGAAAGAGUUAACAUAACUAAUAGUAGCACCCGUUAUACAUAGUUAUACAUGUUUAUGUUUAAUAUGAUGAAGCAUGCAUCUCCUGUUUAUUAUAUGUCAACGUUUUACUUGAGUCGUAGCUUGACAAAGGGACCAGUUGGUCUUGAAACGUUGCGAUACGUUUAAUACGUACAUUGUUUGUGUAUAAAGUAAAACUUUGAUAUAACAUAUUUCCAAACUGAUUAACUUUAUUGAAGAUAUGCAUAUCUGAUGGUUAACAACAUAAUAUUUCGGAACAUUUUAGCAUUACAAUGGUGUGUGCUAGAUGUUUCUCCUUGUGUUAUACACAUACGCAUAUAGUGUUAUAAGACUAAAUGAGAUGCCCAGAAAAUACUUGUUAUGAUUGAAUUAUGUAGAAAAGAGCUGAUAUAUGUAAAAGGUAGUAUGACAGAAACCAUGCUGUUAAUAAGCGCUUUGGUGAUGAAAGUACAGCUUACAUUCCCCUAAUUGUAGCAUCACUCAACAGGUGGCGCCACGAUUACCCCUUUUCAUUUAUCUCUUACGAAGUACUAAAGCAGGAACAAACUGCGUGUUGUAACAUGUUGGAAUGUGUUUUAAUUAAUAUGCAAUAUAUACACGUUUUCGGUGAUAUAUGGCAACAAUUACCUAAUUCAUUAUAUGUGUAUAUAAUGUUACUCGUUUUACAUUCUUGUCAUGUCCAUAUCUUUUGUUAUACACGAAAUAACUAUUCAGGGAAGGUGUAUUAGUGACGGCUAUCAUCGACAUUGUGUGUUCUUUAAAGUAUUUAAAUCCGAAGUAUUCAUUUUCAUAAUAAAAUGCAACCCUUUGUACGAGAGAGACUAUCUUGAAGGGGGAUGUACGUGUUCCUUUAGAAGAACAUAACGCAUAUGACAAAAAUGUUUAAUAGGCAAAAUUACAUCUUAUUUUGACAAAGGAUAGAAAAAUUACAUUCAAAGUGAAAAAAUACAUUUGAAUCAAUUAUGACAAAGUAGUCCAUAUUCUGAGGAGAUGUAGAAAACGUCAACGUAAAAGAAAUGUAUGAUUCGGUACAAUACCUCUAAAUAUCGUGAUUAUAUUGUUUUCAUUUAAAGAUUAUGUCACAGUCAUCACAAGAAAAUAGUCAUAUAUACUGGCUUUGGUUGAUAUCACAGGAGAAUACAUUUCUUAUAUUUUUAAUAAUAAAAAUAAAAUAUUAUUAACAUGACAAUGAAGUACGAAAUAACCAUAUUUUCUUGUCGACAAGAAUCAUUCUGGCCAUGCUAUGAUAUCGUGGCUGUUCUCAAAACUGAUGCAUACGGAACGGCUAACACAUUAGACUAAAGGAAUCACAUCUGAAAUUAAUUCGUGUAUUAACAUCUCCUACAGGUAAUUGUUUGUAGAAUUGUACCAAAUCGAACCACAGACCUGCUGGUGAUAUCAACCAAUGAACCACAGACCUGUUGGUGCUAUUAACCAAUGAACCACAGACCUGUUGGUGCUAUUAACCAAUAAAUCACAGACCUGUUGGUGUUAUUAACCAAUGAACCACAGACCUGUUGGUGCUAUUAACCAAUGAAUCACAGACCUGUUGGUGAUAUUAACCAAUGAAUCACAGACCUGUUGGUGCUAUUAACCAAUUAACCACAGACUUGUUGGUUCUAUUAACCAAUGAACCACAGACCUGAUGGUGUUGAUAAUCAAUGAACCACAGACCUGUUGGUGCUACUUAUCAAUGAACCACAUACCUGUUAGUGCUACUAACCAAUGAAUCACAGACCUGUUGGCACUAUCAACUAAUGAACCAUAGACCUGUUGGUGCUGAUAACCAAUGAAUCGCAGACCUGUUGGCACUAUCAACCAAUGAACCACAGACAUGUUGGUGUUGAUAACCAAUGAAUCGCAGACAUGUUUGAGUUGAUAACCAAUGAAUCACAGACCUGUUGGCACUAUCAACCAAUGAUCCACAGACAUGUAGGAGUUAAUAACCAAUGAAUCACAGACCUAAUGACACUAUCAACCAAUGCAUCACAGACAUGUUGGCACUAUCAACUAAUGAUCCACAGACAUGUUGGAGUUGAUAACCAAUGAAUCACAGACCUUUUGGCACUAUCAACCAAUGAACCACAGACAUGUUGGUGUUGAUAACCAAUGAAUCGCAGACAUGUUGGAGUUGAUAACCAAUAAAUCACAGACCUAAUGGCACUAUCAACCAAUGAAUCACAGACCUGUUGGCACUAUCAACUAAUGAUCCACAGACAUGUUGGAGUUGAUAACCAAUGAAUCGCUGACCUGUUGGCACUAUCAACCAAUGAACCACAGACCUGUUGGUGUUCAUAACCAAUGAAUCGCGGACAUGUUGGAGAUGAUAACCAGUGAAUCACAGACCUGUUGGCACUAUCAACUAAUGAACCACAGACAUGUUGGUGUUGAUAACCAAUGAAUCACGGACAUGUUAGCACUAUCAACCAAUGAACCACAGACCUGUUGGUGUGGAUAACCAAUGAAUCGCAGACCUGUUGGCACUAUCAACUAAUGAACCACAGACCUGUUGGUGUUGAUAACCAAUGAAUCGCAAACAUGUUGGAGUUGCUGACCAAACAGCAAUAUACUUGUUGGUGGUGAUAGCUUACGAACUGCACACCUGUAGAUUUUGGUAUCCGAUUAAUAGCAAGUAUGUUGAUGCUAAAGAUGUGUAAACAGAAUUUCGGAAAAAAUAUAAUUUCGUCAUAAGCAGGAUAUCUUUUAUGAUAUUAUGUUUUACUCAUUCAUUUUACACUUAUUCAUUUUACACUUAUUCAUUUUACUGUGAUUUAACAUGCAUAAAAUGGAUGGAUGGUGUAGAUUUCUAACGGUUACCAUAGCAAAUACAUGACAUUUUAUAUAAAACCGGUACUAAUAUUGUUAUUAAGAUAUUGAAACAUUAUCAUACACUUGUUUAACUCAUAUCGUUACCCUAAACAUUGAAAUAAAGCUUGGAUA